AUGGCUCUCCGACUCGCGCGAACUGCGCGGGCUCUCCCCACCCGGGUGCGCCUCGCUCCCACCGUGGCUGCGGCGCUCCCUACCGGAGCGCGCGCCAUCGCUACCACCUCGGCCCGCCUCAACGACUCGGACGACAGCAAGCACCACGUCAACCCGUUCAAGCGCCUCGAGGAGAAGCUCUCGGCCCACAGCGGUCACUACAAGCGUGUGACUGCGCGCCCCUCUGACUUGGGCCCCGACUCUGUCGGCCACGCCGCCAUCAUUGGCGGAUGGCUGACUGCCGCCCGCCGUGCCAGCGACAAGCUCUACUUCUUCGAGCUGUCGGGCCAGGGCGCCUCUGUCCAGCUCGUCGUGCGCAAGCCCGAGCUCGGCAAGGAGAUGAUGAACUGGCCGCUCGAGAGUGUGAUCCAGGCCGAGGGCGAGGUCAUCGCCCGCAAGUCUCCCCCCAAGGAUGCGUCCACCCCGCAGGACCAGAUCGAGCUCGACGCCGAGUACGUCCAGCUCCUGAACCCAGCAAAGGAGCUUCCUUUUCGUCCGUCGGCCGCUGAAAAGGCGUCCAAGGCUGCCGACGCUAAGGACGCCACCACUACGAAAGCUGCCGCUGCUGCUCCCGAGGGGCUCGCCAACGAAGAUCUCCGCGCACAGCACCGGUACCUUGACCUGCGCCGCAACGCGCUCGCCAAGAACCUCAAGGUCCGUUCUGAAGUUACCCGCAUCACGCGGGACUACCUGCACGGUCUCGGCUUCACCGAGGUUGAGACUCCUAUUCUCCUGAAUUCCUCGCCCGAGGGAGCGCGCGAGUUCCUCGUGCCCUCCCGCAACACGGACGAGAAGGGGCAGCCGACAUUCUACGCGCUGCCCCAGUCGCCGCAGCAGCCGAAGCAGCUCCUGAUCGCUUCGGGUGCCGUGGACAAGUAUUUCCAAAUUGCGCGUUGUUUCCGAGAUGAAGACGGAAGGAAGGAUCGGCAGCCCGAGUUUACGCAGAUCGACAUCGAGAUGGCCUUCGUCGACAACGCCGCCCCCCCGCCCGACGCGAACGGGACCCGCUCGACAUGGGCGAUCGGUGGCAGCCAGGUGCGCGAAGUCGUCGAGGGGCUCGUGAAGCGGAUCUGGAAAGAGGUCAAGAAUGAGGACCUCGAGGGCUGGUUCCGUGUCAUGCCAUACGAUGUAGCGAUGGACGUGUACGGCUCUGACAAGCCGGACACGCGGUACGAGAUGUACACGCUUCCCAUCGGGUACUAUCCCACGCUCAGUGAUGAGAGCCUCGACAAGAUUCUCCUUGACCAGAGCCCGUCCACCGUCGAGUGGAUGGUCACGCCCAAGAAGUGGGCUGAUGCCAUCGACGUGCCCAAGUUUGCGGGCGAGAACCAGAUGCAGAUCGACUACGUCCGUAUCACGGACAAGAACCAGUACUCCUGGCCCUCGGACAGUGUGCUGACGCUUCCGAUGGGUCUGACGCUGGACUCGUCGAUCCGCGGGGGAGUGCAGCCGGGCGACGUGGUGUGGCUCUCGAAGCGGCCCAAGAUUGCCGAGGGCGGGUGGACGCCUCUGGGCCGUCUCCGUCCACAGCUGAUGGACGCGAUCGUGGCUUCUGGCGCGCACAAGCUGCCCGACACGCCGCACUUCCUGUGGGUGACGCAGUUCCCGCUCUUCACGCUCGCGGACGAGGACAAGGCCGCCCUCGCCAAAGGCCGGUACGCAUCCACACACCACCCCUUCACGGCGCCUAUGGCCGAGGACAUGCCCCUGAUCGAGCAGGGCAGGGACAUCAGCGCCGUGCGCGGGCAGCACUACGAUCUCGUCCUGAACGGGGCCGAGAUCGGAGGCGGGAGCGUGAGGAUUCACGACCCCGAACUCCAGAGGCAUGUCAUGAAGGAGAUCCUCAAGCUCAGUCCCGAGGAGAUGGGCCGCUUCGACCAUCUCCUCAAAGCGCUCCAGUACGGCGCGCCGCCGCAUGGUGGUAUCGCCCUCGGACUCGAUCGCCUCGUCGCCAUUCUCACUGGCUCCAAGAGCAUUAGGGACGUCAUCGCGUUCCCGAAGACGGGAGGAGGUCAGGAUCCCGUAUUCGGCGGCCCGAGCCCUGCCACCCCAGAGCAGAUGCAGGAGUACGGCAUCAAGAGCGCCAAGGAGGCGCCCAAGGUCGACAAGUCGGGAUAG